GGUGAAGGACGGGCCGGGGACGUGAAGUCGACGUGGUUCGGUUGGACUUUCUUUUUGCCGCUGCUCGGUAGGCCCCACGUGUCAGCCUCCAAACAAGAGCAAGCUUCGAGAUGCCCCCGUUGGGGGCGGGCGUUGACCCGCCGACCGGACCCACCCCACACAGUCCACACCCAGACCCAUGGAAUCGACGUGGGAGUGGAACAGCCAGACGUGCCCUCGCCUGGCGGCGCCACCGCUCCGAGCGACGCCGCGCGUGCCGCUCCUCCGCUGCGUCCUCCUCGUUGCCUCCUGCAUCCCCCCCGCCAUGCCGCCGGUCGCCGACGAGGGCGAGUGGGCGGCGGUGGAGCGCCGGGGCCCGCACCUUUGGGCGUCGGGGCGGCCCUUCGUCGUCCACGGCUUCAACACCUACUGGCUCAUGUACUUCGCGGCCGACCCCGCAACGCGCGCCGCCGUCACCGCCGCCCUCGCGGACGCCGCCCACUCGGGGCUCAACGUGUGCCGCACCUGGGCCUUCAACGACGGGGGGCACCGCGCGCUGCAGCUCAAGCCCUUCUCCUACGACGAGGAGGUCUUCCAGGCAUUAGAUUUCGUGAUCAGCGAGGCAAGAAACCAUAAGAUGAGACUGAUACUGUCACUGUGUAAUAACUGGGAAGAUUACGGAGGUAAGGCACAGUAUGUAAGGUGGGGAAAGGAGGCUGGCCUGGAUCUUACUUCCGAUGACGACGCUUUCUUCUCUCACGCCACAAUCAAGAGCUACUAUAAAGCUUUUGUUAAGGCUGUUUUGACAAGAAAAAACACAAUCACAAAUGUCGCCUACAUGGAUGACCCUACGAUUCUUGCCUGGGAGCUGAUUAAUGAGCCACACUGCCAUUCCGAUCCAUCAGGCGACACAUUGCAGGCAUGGAUAGAAGAGAUGGCGUCUUAUGUGAAGGAUAUAGACCCUGUGCACCUUUUAGAGAUCGGUGUUGAAGGGUUUUAUGGUCCGUCGACUCCAGAACUUCUGCACGUGAACCCAGAUGCUUAUUCUGGAACUAUUGGGACAGAUUUUAUCAGGAACCAUCAUGCACUGGGAAUUGAUUUGGCUUCUGUUCAUAUUUAUUCUGACAAUUGGUUGACUCACUCUGAAGAGGUCAGUCACCUCCAUUUUGUGAAAACCUGGAUGCAACAGCAUAUUGAUGAUGCAGCCAACUUGCUUGGGAUGCCAAUUCUGAUCGGGGAGUUUGGGGUAUCGCUUAAGGAUGGAAAGUUUGGCCAUAAGUUUCGUGAAGCUUUCAUGGAUACAGUCUACAACAUUUUUUUGCGCUCUUGGAAGACUGGGGUGAUUGGAGGAGGCUGCCUUGUUUGGCAGCUUUUCCCUGAAAGCGCUGAGCACAUGGAUGAUGGUUAUGCAGUUAUUUUUGCAAAAUCACCAGAAACCACAUUAAAAUUACUUGCAGAUCACUCGAGAAGUCUGGAAUCUUGACAAUCUGUUGCCUCCCUAAUUACACAAGUAUAUGACAGAAUCCAUGCUAUAAGGGUUUGCAAACCAAAAACAUGUCUCAGAAAGUUCAGUUUGUAAAUUGCAAGGCACGUGUGAGUAUGACACAAUAAUAUGUACUGGUCUCUGGAUCUAAAAAAUAAUGUUUUUUUCAUGCAAAUGAAAGGCUAGAUAUGGAACUUUGGAAUGAAAUUCCCUCUGCCAUGCCCUUACCGAAUUGCAUUCCAACAAUAUCCUUAUACAAAUGAAGUAAUAAUUUCUUUGUCACGUAUAAACGGUGUAUGAUCCUUUACACGUCAUGAGGCGAUUGUAUAUUAUGAAACUAUUUGAAGUGAAAAUUCUAUUGUUCAUUAUCUGAGAACUUUUAGGGUGUCAGAAGUUUGCUUCCUUUAUAUUUGAUGAAAACAAGAACUCUUGAAUUACUCAAAAGAGAAAAAUAAUAACUCUUUAAACGUAUCAGUUAGAUUAACAACGAGUGGCCAAAACUACAUAUUCUUAUCCAUCACCGGUGCAGUUAAAAGUGCUUCCAAAGUAGCAUCUAUAUUUUACAUAUUUUUAUCCAGACAUGUAAGAACUUUUGGAAUGGAAAUUAUAAGGCUCUGACUUUAGUGAAUUGUUCAAAAAACUGAAGGUAAGUGUUUGCGCUAAGCGAUGUUUUACUUGCAGUCUUGCAUCAUUAAACCACAUUUGCAGAUAUGACUUGAAGAAUCACUGAGAAGCAUGUUUGACAAAUCUGAGGUCGUAAAUCUUGUGGUGAUUAUUGUUUGUGGGUAGUGUUACAAGAAUCCGGGCAACCCCAGUCUGUAGCUUUCUGCAUUUAUGCAUCAUAGAGAUUUGACUAUUAAAUUAAACAGCUGUUCUGGUGCAGAGAAGAAGGGACUGUGAUCUGUAUCUAUGGCCAAAACCUCGCUGGGUGGCCACUUCUUGAUCAUGGAAUCUUGCUGUUGAGGAUCCAGCAUGUGGUCACGCUGCAUCUUUAUGAAAAUUCGUUUGAUUCGGUUCAAUCUUUCAUCAUCUCCUUCGAAGCUUGCUGUACUGAUAGCUGUUGCAGGCCACGGACGCAUCAGCAUUGAAGCAAGUACUGAUUCCUAUACCAGAUAAAAAUAAGGAUGCAAGACGAAAAUAAGGAUGGCUUUGUUGUGAUAGUCGAUCACGCUGGAAUUCUGGCCUCAAGGAAAUGGUUGUUGGAGGAUCAUCUGCUCCCGCACCAAGUGUCAACUCAAUCUCGUUCUCAGGCAAAGUUGGUAACCCCUGUUACAUGUUAAUAUAAGAAGUAUGUAAUAAUCAUACAUUGUAUUGUAACAGAAGAUUAGUUGCAGUGAAUUCACCACGACCUAAGGUAAGUUCAUAUAGUCGUUUCAGAGUUCUUCUAAAAUUCCGUCAACUUUCUCUUUCUUGUCUACUAUGCAUUUGACUAUGCUAACAGUGAGUCAGUCUUUUAGGUAACUAGGUUCCUAGUUGACAUUAUCCACCGUAUUACCCUACUUUUGAUCAAACACAUUUUAGUAGCUACUGCAACUAGGUGGACCCAUGCUCAUAUGAGUUAUUACAUUUCCUUUUCUAUAAUAAAAACCUUAAUGUUUGCACUGUAUGUAUAUGUUUGUUUGAUGUGUAGUCUAUGGCUUAUAUUUUUUUUAUCAUUUGCCAGGAGAUCUAUGCUUUAUAAAGAGGACAAACAAACUCUUCAAAACAUUACAUCUUUCUUAUCUUCAUCAGCUUGAAAUCCAAAUGGUAGCAUUGUAGCUGCCACAAAAAAUGCUUGGCUGAUUCUGUCAACAAAUUCGUGCAUUGCAUGAAUCACACUCAGCCCUCCAGCACCAUGUCCGAUUAGAAUCACCUAGAAUAGGACUGAAAUGGGUUAGCAUGCAUGGUCAUCAAUUUUCAACAUUAUUCUUAAAUAGAUCCUUGACUUCCUUAUGUACGUUUGCUGGGGUCACAUAAUUUCCAACUUUUUCUUGUAGAACACAGGUAUAAGGUAUUUUUCAGGUGUUAUCCUAGAUAAAAUGUCAAGGAUCAUGACUUUGUUAUGAAUAGCAUUUGCAUUCAUUAUGAGACACUAAGGCCGAUAUAUAUAUACACCGGUACAGGAGGGAAAAUAUACAGUAAACCAAUUAUACAAUGGGGAAAUACAAGAAGAUAGAUACAUCUAGCAGACUUAAGCACAUGUUUUAAGAUUUAUUUAAAAUAGGUUGCACCUACUUUUGUGCAAUCUAAUACACCUUUUAUUCAAAAUGGCAUGAAACAUUUGGCUUCUGGUCAUUUACAUUGCAACCCGUAGUAAUGAUAUUAUAGAUUAUGCCAACAUAUUACCUAAUUACCACUUAUAUUAAAUGUGUUGGCAAAAAAGGAAGAAUACACGUACCUUCUCCCCCUCCGGCAAGGUUGAAAUGAGGUCUAUGAGUGGCUUGUCGUACUGCUGGAACGACCGGAUUGUGUUGGGGUCAGUAGGAUCGACGCCGCCUCCGGCUAGGUCAAUGCAUGUAACAUGGUAGCCAGCACCCUCAAGGAGCCAGCGGAGCUUGAACCAGCACCAGGCUCCAUGCCCUUCACCAUGAACAAGCACAAAGUGCUCCUUCGCUGCCAUUCCCAUCAGUCUGGCCUCUCUCUGCCUACCGAUCUAACAAGUUUAACGAUUUGAUGGGCAUGAGGCAGGGGAGCUGCAUUUUCGUGGACAAUCCAAAUUAUGUCAAACCGACAAGGCUUCCGGUGAUUCCUAUUGUAAAUAGAGGGUCUCAGGACUGGAGGAGCCUGCAUUUCUGGCAUGCAGAGUUGCCUAAUAUGGUAGAUGAUCGGGAUAUAGUGUGUGGACCAGCUAGUUUUCCUCCUUUCUUUCCUUGUGUGUGACUGAGAGUGGUAUAUAUUUAGCCUUCUCACCUCAUGGUUUUUCCUCCUUUUUUUUAUAUUGAUAGAUGAAUGAUAACUUGAUUGGCUUACAUAUAGCACCACUGAAAGAACAGAACAGGUGGAACCUCCAACGGGACUACGAUACACCAUCGCUUACAGAUCACAAUGACUUGAGGAUCAGCUCGCUCCGGCGUGGAGGAGAAAGGGCUGUGGUCAAGUGUCCAUUACCACCACCUUGCUCGGCAGCCACAGUCGAAUCACCGCCUCGUCCUGGUGCUCCGGCUUCACCAUGUGGUCAUUGGCUGUCUUUAUGUACACCCGACGCACUGUGUCAAGUGUCAACUGAGCUCUCGGCAAUGUCAGUAGAAGCCAUUCCUAUGAUCUGAACUGUAGAAGCCCUUCCUAUGAUCUGAAGGCAAGUUGGCAUCUUGGCAUCAAAUAGUUUCAUCAGUUUCUCAGAGAAGUUGGAAAUAUUUGCAGCAAUUUAGUUUUGUCAUAUUCUUUUGUUAUGGUGUAUGGAUAUUGCAUAUUAUUGUUGUAAAUUUGUUCAUAUCUAGUAUAGUGACAAUUAUUAAUACCACAAUGUUGGUAGUCUCUUGGUCAAAAUUGAUCAUAUUGUCGGUAUACUGGUAA